UAUAAAUCCUUCAAUAACUAUAAAACAUUUUGAUAUACAGCACUUUAAGUAGAAAAUAUUCUAAUAAAAUGUUUAUUUAAAAUGAAUUCUCUAAUAUUUUACACAUUCUUUAUGUGGCAACUUUUUAACGGAAUCUUGUCAAUAUCCGAGAAGGAUAGAAUAAAACAAUGUCCUUUUAGGGAAACGGUAAAUCUAAAAAAUCAACAUAAAUUUGUAAAUGGUUCAGUUUUAUAUCAGGGUAUAAUAGUACCACCCGAAAAUCAAACUCUCUACGAUGCUGUAUAUUUUAUGGGUAACAAGAAAUCGGUGCCAUUGCAUUUAAGAGGUUGUAUUAGAGAGAGUCAAGCUUGGAUUAGUUUAUGUUGUGGACUCGAUGAGUACUAUGAUGAUGGAAGGAGAAAAUGCGACAAAUUGAAGUCUAAUAUAAAUAUAACUAGUGAAAUAAAUUCGCUUAUAAAGGCGAAUAUAUUUAAACAUUUUAAAGCUCAAGAAUUCUAUGAGUGCUGGGAGUCAACUGUACUACAACAAAUUCCUGACAAUUGGAAAUUUUUUGAGCAAGGAAUCUUAACACAAAAUAAAUAUAUGUUUCAUGGUGAAUUUUGUUUUUCACCACAUUUGAUGUCGAAUAAUUCUUAUAUAUUAAAACCCUUCACUUGUCGCAUGGAUGAUGAUUUCAGCAAAAUACUUUUUAAUCAAUAUAAUUUGAAUACAUCGUUAUUAUUUUUAAUUCCCACCAUAUUGAUGAAUUACCUGUUCAAGCAAUUGCGAAUAGAGCUGGCCGAUAAACUAUGUUUCUAUUAUAUUACUUCAAUGACAUUGGGCAAUGCAAUUUUUAGUAUACUUAAUAUUGUAUUUAAAAUGAAGGGCAAUGUUAUAGUGUUUGUAAUCUUGGGUUUUGUGGCUUAUUCUUGUCAUAUAGUGGCCCUUUUAUGGCUAAGUGUUUUGUGUUACGAUAUUUGGCUGGAAGAAAAGAAUCCUAAACAAUUGACUAUAUAUUCGUUAUAUGUUGGCUUUAGUGCUUGUCUAGCAAUGGUUUUCUUUAUUACCGUUAAAUUACCCUGGGUGCGUGAUAAUAUUUAUAAACACACUAUUGAUGAAAUAUGUUUAUGGAAUGCUGAUAAAUGGUCUGCAUUACAAUUUUACGGUUUAACUCUUUUAAUUUUAAUCUUAACCUUUCUUAAGUUUGCUCACUCGGCAUUUAUGAUUUACGAAAUACGUAACGAUGAGGAAAAAUUUAAAAUUAAUCGGCAUUUGUUUAAACAAAACGCUAUUUUCAUUUCCCGUUUAUUUCUUGUAUUGGGCGUUCCUUGGUUUGUUCACAUUCUGUCUUAUUACACUGUGGAUAGUAAUGAUUUUAGUUUUGUUUUUUUACUGGUAAAUUUUGGUGAUGGAAUUCAAGGCAUUUUGAUUUUCGUAUUAUUCGUGUGGAGAAAUGAAAUUUGGAUUUAUUUUAAACAAAAGUUAACCUGUAAAGUUAGAACACCGCAAGAGGAUUGCAUACCACCAGCUUGGAUGACGGAAGUCACGGGACAAAAUCCAUAAUAGUUUUAUCAUACAGUUUGAUUACAAUGAACUUCAAAACAAUUUUUGUUUAAGUGUUGUUCUAUUUAACUCCCUGGCCUGGAGAUUUCCAUAUUGGUUUAAAGUGUUAUUAAAUUAUUGUAAAUUAUUUAUAUAUAAAAAAAAACAAGUAAGAAAGUAUAGUCGGGCAUGGUCGACCAUAUGAUACUCAACACCAGUGAGUAUGUUUAAAAUGAGGAUUUUUAAAUAAUAAAGCAUUUAAUUUGGUUUUAGCUUAA